AUGUCGGAAUGUGUCGAUCAUACGAUCAAUGGUACUUCAUCUGGAGGUUACACUUGCCGGUGCACGACAGGCUACGAUGGGAACCCAUACCUCUCAGAUGGUUGCCAAGAUAUUAAUGAGUGCCUGCUAGAUCCGAACCCAUGCAAAAAAGGAAAGUGCAUAAAUUUACCCGGAACUCACACUUGUACAUGUGAUAGUGGGUACAGAUUAAAUGAAAACAAGACUUGCGUGAAAGGAGGCAAAGGAAAGAGCACUGUCUUGAAAGUUUCAUUAGGUAUAAGUAUAAGCAUGUUUGUCUUACUAGUUGGAAUUUUUUGGUUAUAUUGUGGAAUGAAGAGAAGAAAGUUCAAACAACUGAAAGAAAUGUACUUCAAAGAAAAUGGUGGCGAGAAGUUACGAGAAAAACUGGCUAGUCACAAGGGAUCUGUCGAGACAGCAGCCAGGAUCUUUACCUCGGCAGAACUCAAGCAGGCCACAAACAAUUACCACAGAGAUAAGAUCCUUGGUGAAGGAGCUUAUGGAACAGUUUACAAAGGAGUACUUGCGGAUAAUAAAGUGGUAGCCAUAAAGAAGUCCAAAAUCAUGGCCAAGUCCCAGACUGAUCAGUUUGUUAAUGAGGUGCUUGUUCUCUCUCAAAUAAACCAUAGAAAUGUGGUGAAGCUUUUAGGUUGCUGUUUAGAGACAGAAAUGCCUUUACUAGUUUAUGAGUACGUUAGCAAUGGCACUCUUUAUGACCACGUUCAUAAAAGAAAUGGAAAAGGCCCACUUUCAUUAAGAUUGCGAUUGAAGAUUGCAGCAGAAACAGCAGAAUCACUUGCGUACUUGCACUACUCCACAUCAAUGCAAAUCGUGCACCGAGAUGUGAAAGCAACUAAUAUACUACUGGACGAGAAAUUCACGGCCAAAGUAUCGGACUUUGGAGCUUCAAAAUUGGUUCCUGAAGAUCAAGAUCAACUAUCAACUUUAGUGCAAGGAACAAUGGGAUACUUGGACCCUGAAUAUCUUCAAUCAAACACACUCACAGAAAAGAGUGACGUCUAUAGUUUUGGUGUUGUACUUGUGGAGCUACUAACAAGCAGAAGGGCACUUUCUUUAGACAAGCCAGAAGCGGAGCGGAGCCUAGCAAACGUCUUUGUUUGUGCAGUGGAAGAUGGUCUAUUGAAGCACAUACUUGAUGAGGAAGUAGUUAAGGACGGACAUUUUGAGACUGUUGAAAAAGUUGCCGAUCUGGCCAAAAGAUGUCUAAGCAUGAAAGGGAGAGAAAGGCCAACUAUGAGGGAAGUAGCAAGGGAGCUAGAAGGACUGCAAAUUUUGCCAAAGCAUUCAGGGGGUGGAAAGCCUGAUUCUUCUCCUAAACAGACUGACUACUUGCUUGCAUCACCUUCAAACGCUUAUGUUGUCGAUGUUAAGGGUGAAGGCGAUGUUGGUUCCAUUACAACCAGUAUUGAGUACGACCAGAGCAUGCAAAAUCAAGCCCAAGUGUUAAGGCCUGAUGAUGCUGGAAGAUAGUUGAUUGAUGAUUGGCUUUUUCUUUCAAUUGUCGUGUCUGCAGUUCCUUGCAAAAUAUAUAAGAGUAUGCACGUUGAUCAUCCUAAUGUUGUAAUUUCGCUCUAAACCAGUUAUUUGGUUCAAUUUGAUAAGAAGAACGUGUGGUAAAAUAAAAGGGCACUACCUAGUGCACUGCUGUAAUGGGGUCAAUAAAUUACUCUUUUUUUUAUUUGGUUCAAUGUAUAUAUUACGCUUUUUUUUUCUUCCUGAAAAAUGCGUCUAGAUCAAUUGUAAUUUUGUUCAAGUAAAUCUCUAUUUGUGUGUUUGGCCCAAACUUUAG